CAACAUAAAGGUGUUCCUAGUACAAAGCUGUUAUUUUCUACCGUGUCUCUAAAGCUUGUUGGUAGCUCGUAUGGGCAAUUGAAGGAUAAAUAAAAAGCGCGAUAUUAAGGCACUGGACAGGUUGGGACAGCAGUUAACGGGGCUGCGGGGUGUAGUUUUGAAAACGGUCUUCGAUAGACCGGUCGAGAGGCUAGCAAGCACGAGCAUAAAAUACAAGGCAAACAGAACAAAAUACUACCCGUGUUGGGUUUCAAGUUGUGCCUGAACAGUCAAACAAUCCUGCGCCACGCUCCUAUUCGGGCAAAUGCCAGUGCGCUUCAUAUUCAGACUGAGCGAUAUAGUGGAGCCGCGUAGGGACACUGUGGGAGAAUGAAGGUGGACCGCAAAAGUACCCAGAUACAACUAAGUCAGGAUUUGUGGGACAUUGUUUAAGAUGCAUGACGAAUCAUUUUGAGUGUUUUAUUUCAAACAGCAGUAGAACAUCGACAUUUCGCCACUGCUGAUUGGAUGUUAUUUUUAUUUUUUCGUUUAUGUUCAGCUAAGUUUGCGCAUUUGAGUCAACAUAUGUUCACCCACGAAAGUUCUUACAUUUUGCAUACCUUUAUUCACUAUAAUAUACUACACUGUUCAACAUGGGCGCUGUUUAUGCACUGAUUCUGGCGACCUGUUUGAGUGGAAUUUGGGGGUGCCAGCUUCCCCACGACUGGAGACCCCAGACUGAAGCGUGCAGAGCAGAACUCGCGGAGAUCAUCGUUUUCGCUAAGGUUCUGGCGCUCCACAAGGACUCAUACAGCGCGUACAACUACCUGCCCUGGCAGUACGAAACGGACCUUUUCUUCUCAGCAGAGAUCGAGCUGCUGUGCGACCAGGCAUGGGGAAGCAUGCUGGAGGUGCCCGCUGGUUCCAGGUUUAACGUUACCGGGCUGGGGUACUUUCCCUGCUACUCGUACAGCGUCAUUGAGAACAAUGCUUACUAUUUCUUCUUGCGGAUGGACGAGAACUACAACAUCAUCCCUCAUGGUGUGAAUUUCCAGGACCCCAUCUUUCCCGACACGCCAGAGAACCACCGCAUGUUUUCCAGCCUCUUCCAGUUUUCCAACUGCACACCAGGAACCCAGGUGCACACAUACAGCCCAGAGUGGGAGGCCCAGGAGGACAGCCGGCUACUGUGCUCAGCAGUGCAAAAGGCCCUGUUUGAAGAGGAGGAGAGGGUCAAGACCCUCUCUCAGAAGGUGCGCUUCCUGGAGAAGGCUAACAACCACCUGCGGGACAAGGUGAAGAACAUGAAGCGACUCCUGAGGCAGGCCAAGCGUGAGACCAAAGAGCACACCGUGAACCUCAAGAACAUCCAAGACCCUGCUCUCCCACAGCCAGACCAGGCCCCCCACCCACAGCAGGAAACCACCCAGGACCAGAAGAAGCCUCUCAGGAACACCUUUGCCAAGACGCUGAAGAACUGAGCCUGUUACAGGAAUGGCCUAAUCCAGGGACAGUGCUGGACCCACCGCUAAGCUUGGGAAAGGUAGAGCAAUAACAUGCAGACAGGCUCCACAUAUCUGCAGCAAACAGUUAUAAAUCAGCUAGGUUUGUUUUAUGUGCCAAGAGAUGAUUCCUGGACUUGUCUGUCCAUAGUACCAUUGACAUUUUGUCUUCUACCUUAUUAUUGAUACAAUUUGCACUGCAAAAAAGGUAUUUGCACACAGAAAGCAUAUAUGGCCCCCCUAUAUAAAGUCCCCUUCCUCAAGUGUCCCAGUGCAUUUGCAAUUAUGUCACUCAGUGUAACCACUUCUAUAACUCCAUAAGUUACAUACAUAUUUUAUGUCUUCUAGAAGUGUGCUUUAAAUUUCUGUAAAUCCACAUUACUCUCUUCCACAGUUAAUAUAGAGAAAGUAACAGGAGCUUUUUAUGAAGUUAUGGGCUUAGAAUAAAAUGUGAUUUCUAAUUGUUGUGUCAAGCAAGGCCUCUAGCUUAUUCUGACACACUGGUAACUUAACUUUCCUCUCAUUAAAGAAAUGCAUGAUGGGGAUGUUGCAGUCAUCCAUCACUGAUUUCCUUGUAUGUAUCACAAGCAUAAAUGGCUGCAUGGUGUCCAAUGCCGGUCUCUCCUCUAGCUCAGUGAACUUAGGUGUUGAGACUCAAGUGGAGGCCAGUAAAUCACUUCACUGUGGCAACAUUACACAAAUUCCUCGCCAAGACGAAAUGUGAGCUUGCUGACAGGGAUUUCUCAGAGCACGAUGAGGUGAUGUCUCUCUGCUAGCCACAUCUUCUUCAACACAUUUUGCCCCUGGGAUAGCUUCCUCUGACACAGCCAAGACUGAAACCUGCAACUUCUUGGCUGCUGUGUAUAGUGUUACGGCAACUUUCAGGCACUCGCUGUUGUUCAAGAAAGUGCUGUCCUGAGGAAACAUUUUACACUGGAACUGAUGCAUAAUACAGUCACUACAAUUCAAAUGUCAAAGUCCAAAAAAGAGGCUUUUGGGUUAAAUCAUUUCUACGUAGGUAUUUUUAAUAUAUAUAUUAUGGGAUAUAUAUAUAUAUAUAUAAACUUUUUUUUUGAGGCGGGAGGUUGACUUACAUGCAUAUGGUACAUGAGAAAUACAUUUUUAUGUUUGAAAACAGAGUGCUGAGCACCCAUUAAAAAACACAACCAUUAUUCAUUAGAUAAAUCGUGUUACAGUUGUAUCUAUUUCUGUUUCUGUUCAGAACAAAUUGCUAGUGCUUCUGAUCACUGUGAUGUAUUUUUGGCUGUUUUAUUCUUUUAGCUUCCCAUUUAACGGCAGCAUGUGCACUGUUACAAUGCAUGAUGGGUCAUUCAAAUUUGGAAAGUAUUUUGCACUUCAAAGCUAUUACACUUUUAGACCUUCUGUAUGAGCAGAUGAAGUGCAUUUUUAUUGCUUUCAGUGCAGUAGAACACAUAACAUAAUAAUCAGAAUUUUUGUAUUAAAGUAUCAAAAAUAAACUUUCAUUUUUUAUCAAGUG